ACCAUACAGAGUCAGAAUGCAUAUCUCUGGCAAUGGAAAUGCAAGUUCAAGGACUACAUAAAUUCACUCAUGAUCAGAGAAGCCCCAACAGCCAACCAACUUUGCUCAGUCUGCAAGAAGGAUGGGGUGUAUAGAUGUCAUGGCUGUUUCAAUGAGCCACUCUUUUGCACAGACUGUUGCAGAAUUCAACAUCAAAGACAUCCAUUCCAUCGCAUCAGUCAAUGGACCGGAUCAUUUUUUCAAGAAACUUCACUCAUUAAAGUUGGCCUGCACAUUCACCUUGCUCACGACGGCACUCCAUGUCCCAGCAGCACUGAUGACUCAUCAGACUUCUUUCAGUGGUCAGAUACCGAUGACAAUAUAGAUGACGAUUAUCCGGAAGGACCUUUCAUUCAACCGGUCAGAGACUCAGAUCGUCCGGCAAUAACUGUAGUAGACAAGUCCGGCGUUCACUCCCUUUCCAUAUGUUAUUGCCAAUGCCCCAGUGCUCUCAGCCGAGACAUACAGCUCUUUCAAGCAGGCUUGUUUCCGGCGUCUUUCACCAGACCAAAAACUGCAUUCACAUUCGCUGUCUUGGACGACUUUCUGUUAGACAAUCUCGAGUGCGGUACAUCGGCCAUGAAUUACUACAGCAAAAUUCGCAGACUCACCUCUAGCAUCUUUCCACUGAUGGUUCCGGAUCACUAUAGAGAGCUCAUGAGAGCUGCCAGGCAGUGGCGACAAUGCAAGCUCUACAAGUGGCAUGGAUUUGCCCACAAAGAUGACCAGCCAAAGGAUGGUGAUCUUGCCCUAUUUUGUCCGGCAUGUCCGCAACCGGGUAUAAACUUGGACCUGUCUACCAGUACAGUCGCCCAGCCUGACGAUACACCUUCCUGGCUCAUGACUAGGUAUUUGGUCAUGGAUGGCAAUUUCAAAGCCGAGCACAUGCAUCCGGUGAAUCCAUCCGAUGAAGUAUCAUUAAUGGAUGGUCUGGGGUUCAUGGUCUCCGAUGAAAGAUACAAGAGCCAUUUGGCCAUUGCUCAAGACAAUGUCCAAAGGUCGGAUUGCAAUAAUCACCGGGCAGUAAAUCAAGCAAACACCUCGCGGCAAAGGCUGGAAGCCACCGGUAUAGGAGGAUGUGCAUGUGCACGGCAUGGAUGUUUUGUCCCACAUUCCAUGGUCGACUUUCAGAAAGGCGAAAGGUCAAUGAACAUGGACUAUGCAUUAAGUCAAGCUCUCAACUAUAAGACCGACAGAAUCUCUCGAGCCAUCACUUUCUAUGACAUAAAUUGUCAGUAUAACAAGUAUUUGAAGGACCGGAUCGCUUCCAGCAUGUAUCUUUCCAUCCCCAUAGGUAUGGAUAUCAUUCCUGGAAUCGGUUUGUGGCAUGUACAUGGACAUCAAGACAACUGCUUUGUCCGGUAUGCAUCAAAUUUUAUCCAUGGGACCGGCUGGAUAGACAGAGAGAUUAUGGAAACCCUCUGGGCACCUUUGAAUAUAAUAUCUCCAUCGGCCAGGGGCAUGGGAACUCCCCAUCGCAAGGAGGUAUUGGAUUAUCAGAUGAAUGAUUGUAAUUUCAUGAAAAUGAUUCAUAUAACUAAGUUUCUGUCCAGAAAAUUCAAAGAGGCCAUCAAGGGGGCUUCGGAAAGCAAACUUGCUUUUGAUAAUCUUAACGAGACCGCCAACCCCGACAUGGUAGUUCUUUGGAAGGCAGAGGAGGCAUUGGCUCAUGCAAACAGAGCAGAGGAUCCUAUGGCUAUGGACAUCUAUGAGGUCCGGUUGGAAAGAGGCAAGUCGCCAACAAAGAAACAGCAGGAAUUGCGCCUGUUGCAGGCUCAAAAUCGCCCUGAACAUCCGGUCAUCAACCCUCCCGGUCAACGAGGAGCCGCCACUUGGCUUGCAACCGGUCUUACCAUAGAGGAAUCGCAAAUAUCUCUCUGCAAGGAUGUGAGAAGUUUGCGAAUGCACCCAACGGACAUGCAACUGUUGAGAGUGGCUCGAUGCCGGGAUAAGCUUCACACUCAGAUCACGAGCUUUCUUGAGAUGUCACCUACUUAUCUCGGAGUUGGAGUCAAUGUCAAUGAUCCGGAUUGUCCGGUUACUGUUUGUAACUCACUGGAUGAUUGUGAAGAUUACUCCGAUUUUGACAAAGAUCAAAAUCCUGAUCCGGACAUACACAAUGCUUCCAUAUUUCAACCGGAGCUCACUGUCAUACCCCUACCAUCCAACAUUGGUGCAGUGAGGUGCAGGGAGUUAGGUCUCACCAAUCUCAUCAAAGAAGAAAUUGCCCUCCGAGAAGGUCAGGCCAAUGACGCACUGCAUGCCAUUAGAGUUCAUUUAGGAGAUAAAGCUGUUUUAUUCCACAAUACUGUCCGGUCAGCCAAGUCACAGGCUUCAUCUACUAGGGCAUGGACUCGAGUUCGCUCAGUUGAAACAGCAGUCAAUCUCCAUGCUCGUAUAUAUUCGAAAUGCCGGUCGCAACUGGCCAAACUCCCUGACCACAACCUCUUGAAGAAAUACCUUCCUUUGAAGAAAGAAGACCUGAAAGCCAGCUCUGCGGUGGCCGAUCCAAAUGCACGUGGUCAGAGAGAUACCACUCUUUCAUGGUUCUGGUCCUUGGAUGUUCAGGGAGACACAUCAGGAAAUGACUGGAUGACUGAAUUUUACCGGGUUAAUUGGCUCCGGACAAAAGCACUGCGCGAUCGCUGGAAUGAGGAGGUUAUUCUUGUCAAACACAAAAUGCAGUGGUCAAUUAAUUUCUUCACCCACAGAGCCAAGCAAUGGCUCUGUCACAUGCACAAUGCUACUUCUGCAGGGCUCACCGGACAUACAUGUUAUGCUGCCAGACAAUCUCACAUAUAUGACCUGCUGGCAGCACAUGCAGAGGAUGCUUUUCGGAAAAUGAUUGUUGGGGUAGAAGUCCCAGUUCCGGGUUAG